AAAUUCAUCCUAUUUUUUUGCCCGGAAGUGACGCAUAACGUGCUGCGCUUUCUGAAAGAAAUCAAUGGAAGGGUGCCAGAGAUCAUGCUUUAUUUAAAAUAAUAAAUAACUAGGCCCUUUUUUCACAAAGGCUGCAGCAUUUGGGAGAUAUCUGUACAGCAUUCAGCCAAAGGACGGUUUGAACUUGAGUGGUACAAGACAAACAAACCUUUGUCUUGUACCAUCGUAUCCCCGCAGAUUUGUGUGGAUAUGGCAGCUUCUUUACCUCAGAAGCCGGGGAUGGCAGGGAUGCCCCCACAGCAGCAGCAGCAGCAACAGCCUCCUCAUCUGCCCCCCGGUGCUGCCCCAAGUGCUGGUCAGCAGCCCAUGCCUCCUCAGGGAGCCCUUAGGGAGAUCUCCCCGGUGUUCCUCUGCAGGAUCGGACAGGAGACUGUACAAGAUAUUGUCACACGCACCAUGGAGAUCUUCCAGAUUACACGAGCCACACAGCUUCCCAAUGGGGUGACUCAGAGCCAAGCGACGUAUCAGGACCGCUUCGGGAAGCUCCAGGAACACCUUCGGCAGCUCACUCUGCUCUUCAAAAAACUCCGACUGCUGUAUGAACGCUGUGUGGAAAUGACCUCUGACCUGAAGGAGGGACCAGCUGAGCUUGUGCCGUACGCUGGAGAGGAGCUGGUUUCUGUCAGAGUGGAGCCCUGCAGUCCUACUGUCAUCCAGGAAAGAAAGGAGGUCCUAGAGAAAGUGCGUCAGAAGAACCAGGAGAUGAAGGUUCUGAUGGACCAGAUGAGGAACCUUCUGUGGGACGUCAAUGCUAUGCUGACACUUAGGAAAUGAUGGCUCUGAAUGAGACUUGCGCACUUGUUUCUUAGCACUGCACUCCUCUGCGGGUGAACGAACUAUAAGACGGCAAAGACCAGGUGAAACAAGGGAACUUCUGUAGGAUUUAUGGGACCUUCCGCCUACUCUGAGCUGGCACUUCAUCACUGAAACUCAUAAUUUACUUGCACCUUUUCAUCUAAGAGCCCGUGUUGUUUGUUGUAUUGGAGCCGAUAAGGGGGAAAUCAUAAACAAGCCAGGAAUAAGGUAUCGAGUCAAAGCCAAAAACAGGAUAAGCUGACACACUCCAAUUCUAACAGUCAUUCUCUUCUUUUGUAUGAGGCAGCUGAUAACCCAAUUUUCAUUUGGAAAGUGCUCUGCAACUGUUUUGUAACUACUUAAAUAAGUUAUAGAGUUUUAUUUCACACUGAUGAAAUAAUAAGUUGGAACCUGGAUCGCCUCAGGUAACAAAAAGCACAGAAGAGAAAGGAGCCUAAAAUGCCUACUCAUGGUGUUCUACCUCCAGGUGCUGACUUGACACCAGACAGUCUUGAAUUCAUUGCAGGUAAUUCUUCCACAAAGCACAGAAGCUGAUCUGAUAUGUUUGUUUACAAUAGGAACAAUUGCCCAUAUUUGUGCUCUGUCAGUUGUAAAACACUGUGGGUUCAGAAUUCCAAUUGGCCCUUUGGCA